AUGGUGUUGCAGAUAGACUCGGUGUGGGGUUGGGCGUCACCCCCGCUGCGCCUCCAGCUAGGGGGGUCGAGGGGCGCCUCGGGGAGAGCGACCGCGGGCGCCCCAUCCUCACAGAGGAUGGGUGAAAUGGUCGUGGAACGCGCGCCUUCCCCAGCCCGCCUCAGCCAUACCUCCGAGAAGCAUCCUCGUGCUACGCUCACGGAACUUAAUGUCCUACGUCGGCAUCGAGAACUUUGCGAUGUCGUGCUCAAUGUCGGCUCUAGGAAAAUAUUCGCGCACCGCGUUAUUCUCUCAGCGUGUAGUCCUUACUUCAGAGCAAUGUUUACUGGGGAGUUGGCGGAAUCUCGACAAACUGAAGUUACAAUACGCGAUAUAGAUGAAAUGGCAAUGGAAUUAUUGAUAGAUUUCUGUUACACUUCUCACAUCAUCGUUGAAGAAGCAAAUGUUCAAACUCUCCUUCCAGCAGCGUGCCUUCUUCAGCUAGCAGAAAUUCAAGAUAUAUGUUGCGAGUUUCUCAAACGCCAACUCGACCCUUCCAAUUGUCUAGGUAUACGAGCGUUUGCGGAUACACAUUCUUGUCGGGAACUGUUACGAAUCGCAGAUAAGUUCACGCAACAUAAUUUUCAAGAAGUAAUGGAAAGCGAAGAAUUUUUGUUAUUACCUGUUGGCCAAUUAGUAGAUAUUAUUUCCUCAGAUGAACUAAAUGUACGAACGGAGGAACAAGUAUUUAGCGCGGUUAUGAAUUGGGUUAAAUACAAUGUUACUGAGAGAAGGCAGCAUCUGGCACAAGUUCUUCAACAUGUACGAUUACCCCUCCUUAGUCCAAAAUUUUUAGUUGGGACCGUGGGAUCCGAUCUUUUAGUACGAUCUGACGAUGCAUGUAGAGAUUUGGUGGACGAAGCAAAAAAUUAUUUGCUACUUCCUCAAGAAAGACCGUUAAUGCAAGGUCCUCGAACACGUCCUAGAAAACCAACUAGACGCGGCGAAGUAUUAUUUGCCGUUGGCGGAUGGUGUUCCGGCGACGCAAUAGCCAGCGUUGAAAGAUUUGAUCCUAACACCGCUGAUUGGAAAAUGGUCGCUCCGAUGAGUAAAAGAAGAUGCGGUGUUGGAGUAGCAGUACUGAAUGACUUGUUGUAUGCAGUAGGCGGUCAUGAUGGACAAAGUUAUUUAAAUAGCAUCGAACGAUACGAUCCACAGACGAACCAGUGGUCUUGCGACGUGGCCCCUACAACAUCUUGCAGAACUAGUGUAGGUGUCGCAGUGUUGGAUGGUUUUCUUUACGCCGUAGGUGGUCAGGAUGGUGUCCAAUGUUUAAAUCACGUCGAAAGGUACGACCCUAAGGAGAAUAAAUGGUCUAAAGUAUCGCCAAUGACCACCAGAAGACUUGGAGUUGCUGUUGCUGUGUUAGGCGGUUAUUUAUAUGCCAUCGGCGGGUCUGAUGGCCAGUCGCCCUUAAACACGGUAGAAAGAUACGAUCCAAGACAAAAUAAAUGGUCUCAAAUAUCGCCUAUGUCUACGAGACGUAAGCAUUUAGGCUGUGCUGUAUUUAAUAAUCUAAUUUACGCCGUUGGAGGCCGAGAUGACUGUAUGGAACUCUCGAGUGCAGAACGGUAUAAUCCUCACACAAAUUCUUGGAGUCCGAUAGUUGCUAUGACAUCAAGAAGAAGCGGAGUAGGAUUGGCGGUAGUGAAUGGUUUACUAUACGCCGUAGGUGGAUUCGAUGGAACUGCCUAUUUGAAAACAAUAGAAGUGUACGAUUCGGAACAAAAUCAAUGGAAACUAUGUGGUUGUAUGAAUUAUAGAAGAUUAGGUGGAGGAGUAGGAGUAAUGCGGGCCCCACAAACCGAAAACUACAUUUGGUAGCUCAGGCCCCCCUCUUCAGCCCAAGUGGCUGAAACUCCAUUAACUCCUCUUACACCGGUAACUCCUCCCGCUCCUGUAUCGGUUCCUGUUGUUAUAACUAAUACAAGAAAACGCUACCGCCGAUCGAUGAGCAUUAUAUAAUACAUGCAUUUUGAAAGACUGCCUUUCUAAAGAUAAAGCCAUUUCUAUUGUAAAAUCGGUUGCAUUCUGUUUAGCUUAUCAUGAUGCAAGAUAAUUACUGUGUACUAAAUAUGGAUGUAUAUUUUCCAGUUUGUGUAGAAAAUUUAUCCUUCGAUAGUGUUUACACUGCCGCGACUGUAGCAUUUCUUUUCUGUAAUAUCUUAUUUUGUAAGGUAUUUCCAAUUUAUUAUUUAUAUACCCUUUUAUGCACG